AUGUCUGAUCUUGCAAGUCGCAUCACAAAGCCCGAGGGCGAUGUUGCCGCAGUCCCUGAAGGCGCCGACGGCGCUGGCGAUGUCGCUGGCACCUCCAACUUGCAGCAGGUGGAUUACGAUGUCGAGGUUUCACUCAACCAGCUGCAGCAAGAUCAGGAUCACCCUCUGGGCUCUGCCAAGUCUUUCGAGGAGCUCGGACUGCCCGACGCUGUCCUCAAAGGUCUCCUCGCUCUUCAGUUCCACAAGCCCUCGAAGGUGCAAGAGAAGGCCCUCCCUCUCAUGUUAGCGGACCCGCCCCAAAACAUGAUUGCUCAGUCGCAGUCUGGUACUGGAAAGACGGCUGCCUUCGUCACAACAGUUCUUUCUCGCGUGGACAUGAGCAAUCCAACCCAACCACAAGCUCUGAUCUUGGCGCCCACCCGUGAGCUGGCCCGCCAGAUCCAGGGUGUUGUUCAGCACAUUGGCCAGUUCUGCGAGGGUCUGGUUGUCGAGGCUGCUGUUCCUGGUAACAUUGCCAGGGACCAGAAGGUUGAAGCCAAUGUCAUCUGCGCCACACCUGGAACCGUCAUGGAUCUCAUCAGAAGAAGACAGAUCGAUGCUUCGCAGUUCAAGGUUCUCGUUAUUGACGAGGCCGACAACAUGCUGGAUCAGCAGGGUCUCGGUGACCAGUGUGCUCGUGUUAAGAACAUGAUCCCCAAGACCGUUCAGAUCCUCCUCUUUUCCGCUACCUUCCCCGAUGUUGUACACAAAUACGCCACCAAGUUUGCACCCAAUGCCAACCAGAUCAAGCUCAAGGUACAAGAGCUUACGGUCCGCGGCAUCUCGCAGAUGUUCAUGGACUGCCCAUCGGAAGCAGACAAGUAUGGCAUCUUGUGUCAACUAUACGGUCUCCUGACCAUUGGCUCGUCCAUUAUUUUUGUGAAGACUCGUGAGAGCGCCAACGAAAUUCAAAAGCGCAUGACUGAGGAUGGACACAAGGUGACGGCUCUUCAUGGUGCAUUUGAGGGUGCUGCCCGAGACGCUCUCAUUGAUGAGUUUAGAAGCGGCCGCACCAAGGUUCUCAUCACCACCAAUGUUCUCGCUCGAGGUAUUGAUGUUUCGAGUGUCAACAUGGUCAUCAACUACGAUGUCCCGAUGAAGGGCCCCGGUGACCGAGAGCCGGAUGCUGAGACCUACCUGCACCGAAUUGGCCGAACGGGCCGUUUCGGCCGUGUAGGUGUCAGUAUCACCUUCAUCUUCGACAAGAAGAGUUUCGAAGCAUUGCAAAACAUUACCGAGAGAUAUGAGAUUGAUCUGAUCCGACUUGUUCCGGAUGACUGGGACACGACAGAGGCCGAGGUGCAGCGUGUAAUCAAAUCGAGUCGGGCACAGGCUGGAUUCAAUCCUUCGGCUCAGUAG